AUAUUAGCCAAGCUUAACUUCUUUCAGCCGUUUGCGGAUGGGAGGGGGAGGGACGGCCUGGAGUCAGCAGUUCUGUGCGGGGCUCGGCAGGGCAGAGCCCCGGCCAUGAGCUGAGCGGGCAGCGGCGGCACCGGCGGAUGAGGUUGCAGUUUCGCUGGUGGAGAAGAUGCAGGCUCAGGAGAUCCUGCGGAGCCUGCGGCUGCCCGAGUUCGAUGACCUCAGCCAGUUCUUCCGCAACCUGCCGGCCACGGCGCUGGUGGGCCUGGGCGCCUUCGCCGCCGUCGUGGCCUACUGGUUCGCCAGCCGGCCGCGCGCCGUGAAGCCGCCCUGCGACCUGCGCAUGCAGUCGGAAGAAGUCGAGGGCCUGGCUGGGGCGCGCCGCUCGGUGAUCGGGGACAGCCCGCAGCUGCUGACGCACUACUACGAUGAUGCCAGGACCAUGUACGAGGUCUUCAGGAGGGGAUUCAGCAUCUCUGAGAAUGGCCCCUGCCUGGGGUUCAGGAAGCCCAAGCAGCCCUACCAGUGGCUGUCCUACAAGGAGGUGGCUGAAAGAGCAGAAGCUCUGGGUUCAGGCCUUUUGCAGCAGGGCUGCAAGCCAUCCACAAAGCAGUUCAUUGGCGUCUUCGCUCAAAACCGCCCAGAGUGGAUCAUCUCUGAGCUGGCUUGCUACACCUAUUCCAUGGUGGUGGUUCCCCUGUAUGACACCUUAGGUCCUGGAGCCAUUCGGUACAUUGUCAACACAGCUGACAUUUCCACAGUCAUUUGUGACAAGCCUGAAAAAGCCAAGAUACUCCUCGACCAUGUGGAGAGGAAAGAAACACCAGGCCUGAGGUCUAUAAUCCUGAUGGACCCAUUUGAGAAGGAGCUGACAGAGAGAGGGAAGAGCUGUGGGGUUCGCAUCCAGACCAUGCAGGAGGUGGAGGACUGUGGCCGUGAGAAUCGACAUGUGCCUGUGCCUCCUCGACCAGAAGAUCUGUCAAUUGUGUGUUUUACUAGUGGCACUACAGGAAAUCCCAAAGGUGCUAUGCUGACCCAUGGAAACGUGGUGGCGGAUUUUUCAGGCUUUUUGAAAGUGACAGAGAAAGUGAUCUUUCCGAGACAGGACGAUGUGCUCAUCUCCUUCCUGCCUCUGGCUCACAUGUUUGAAAGAGUUAUACAGUCUGUAGUGUACUGCCACGGAGGGCGGAUUGGCUUCUUCCAAGGCGACAUUCGCCUCCUGUCUGACGACAUGAAGGCACUGCGGCCAACCAUCUUCCCUGUGGUGCCACGGCUGCUGAACAGAAUGUAUGACAAGAUCUUCAGCCAGGCUGACACAUCCCUCAAGCGCUGGAUCCUGGAGUUUGCGGCCAGACGGAAAAAGGCCGAAGUUCGAAACGGCAUCAUUAGAAACGACAGUUUGUGGGAUAAACUUUUCUUUAAUAAGAUACAGGCAAGCCUUGGGGGCUGUGUCCGCAUGAUAGUGACAGGCGCUGCCCCCGCGUCUCCGACCGUCCUGGGCUUCCUCCGCGCCGCCCUCGGAUGCCAGGUUUAUGAAGGCUAUGGCCAAACAGAAUGCACAGCUGGAUGCACCUUUACAACUCCAGGUGACUGGACAUCAGGUCAUGUAGGAGCCCCUUUGCCCUGUAACUUAAUCAGAUUGAAGGAUGUGGAAGAACUGAAUUAUUUUGCUUCCAAAGGAGAAGGAGAGAUCUGUGUGAAAGGACCCAAUGUGUUUAAAGGUUACUUGAAAGAUGAAGAGAGGACAGCUGAGGCACUGGACCAGGAGGGCUGGCUUCACACAGGAGACAUUGGAAAAUGGUUACCUAAUGGGACCCUUAAAAUUAUUGAUCGGAAGAAGCAUAUAUUUAAACUUGCUCAGGGAGAAUACAUUGCACCGGAGAAGAUCGAGAAUAUCUACAUCCGCAGUGACCCUGUUGCUCAGAUCUAUGUCCAUGGCGACAGCCUGCAGGCCUUCCUGGUGGGAAUUGUGGUGCCUGAUUCUGAGGUCAUGCCAGGUUGGGCAAAGAAAAGAGGGUUUGAAGGAACAUAUGCAGAACUCUGUAAAAAUAAGGAACUGCAGCAGGCAAUAAUGGAAGACAUGGUACGGUUAGGGAAGGAGAGUGGGCUUCACUCCUUUGAGCAGGUCAAAGCCAUUUAUAUUCACUCUGAUAUGUUCUCGGUGCAAAACGGUUUGUUGACACCAACAUUAAAGGCUAAGAGACCAGAACUGAGAGAUUACUUCAAAAAACAAAUAGAAGAGCUAUAUUCAAGCAUCUCCAUCUGAAAUCAUGGGAAGAAUCUUCUGAGUAAUGGACUUCAUAGCAAUAUUAGAAUAAUACUCAAAAACUACAGAGCCAGAACGACACUGCUGAAAUGGAUAAGCAUCUGAAUCUUACAUUUGAGCCUUUCAUUUUUCUAGGAUUUCAUCACUAACCAUAUUUUCCCUUCUUUUUGCCAUCAGGUGUGAUACAAUUUCUUUUUUACUCUAGGUAUGCAGUAAGGCACUACUUAAAGUUAUGCUAAAUUGCCACAAAAUAUGCAGAAAUUUCAAUCUAUGACCAAGUAAAUUAUGGAAGUCUAUCUUUUAAAUAACUACAAACAUUUCUAGUUAAAAUAGGGAAAAUUUCAGGUAUUGAUAUUUGAUUGUAUACAACCUAAUAUAUUAGAAACUAAAAUAAUAAGUAAUUCAAUAAUGUGGUCUACCUCAAAUAAUCAGUGACUGAUGGUGAAAGUAAAAGUCUAUUUUCUCUGAUUUGGAACUUCAAGCUGGAUAUUGGUUUAUAUAGUAAGUGAUAGUUUUUAUAUUUUUCAGGACAUAAAUGACAUUGAUUUGAUUUAAUCAUCGAUGACUUAACAACCAGAACAGAAAUAGGAAGGAAUUUCCCACUGUUUGUACUUAAUAGACCUAUUAGUAUGUUACAUCUAAUGGAUUCAUGUUACCUGGAAAUGACAAGAACAGGGUAGGAAGCAAUAGCACAGAAUUCCCUCUAUUUCCUUUUCAUCCAAACACAGUUUAUCCAUGGUUUGCAGAUUCUGCAUUAGGGCUCCUUCAGUCCAGUGCACUCAAGGACAUCUGAACUGCUCAAACAGACAAGGUUGGAAAAGCAUCACUGGCUCUGUGGUGGCUUUAGGUGGGAGUUCACGAUAAUCCAUAUGCUCCCAAUCCCUAAUUUAUUACUUCACAGGCUGCUAAUACUGCAUAGUCCAGCUGGACUAACUCCCUUCAGAAACAGCGCUAAAGAAAUGGAGCACAAGGAAUAAGCUGUGAUUCUGGAUGGGGCUUAGCAAAAUGGAAAGGUUUGGGAAAAGGCCAGCCUGAGAUGCAGCAGUGGAGGGCGUCCUGUCCUUUAUCUGGCCAUGGAGGGGGAAGAAAUACUGCCCCAAAAGACUCAUGGGGAUGGGAUAAAGGCUGUGUUGGCCAUUGCUGUGCAAGGCAGAACAGUGGAUGUGGUGGCAGAAGGGCCUGUUAAGGGAACGUGUUUAUGGUCAGACAUCUGGAAGCAUCAAAUCCCAUUGGCAUCACCUCCAAUGGCCUCUGUGGGAUAACCAGCAAGUUGUCUGGAUAAAACCUUACAUUUCUGUGGUCAUCAGAAAGGGGAUAAGUCUCACAAGGAGUAGGAACAGACUCUAGAGCUCUCUCUUGGUACAAAGCAUGGUACAAGGCAAAGAGAAAACUGUCAUGUCAAGUUGCUUGAAUACUUGGACUGUUGAUAGCUUCUUUCUGCUAAACAGGGUCCUAAAUAUCUGUGUCUUUUACUAGCUGAUGUUUGUUGCACCAGUACAUGCUAGCAUGGAGCUGUGCCUGCUGGAUCUUUGCUAGGACAGUGGAAGCACACUUAUUUUCUCUCUUAUAGUGGAAUCCACUGUAGACUUCUGAAGCUAAAAGUUUAAAUUUUUAAUGUAAACAGUAUCUUAUUUUCUCUCUGAAUUUCUGUUGCAUGCUUCCAAAUGAAAUAAAUUGAAUUAAUAAGUUAGUGUUUUACAAAGACUGAUUUAUUGCAAUGAUUUCAGAAUAAUACAGAGGAAACCGUUUCAGUAACAUAAUGACUCAAAGAAUGUGGCAGUUUGAUUUAUCAAAUGUGCGUUUGUCUGAAUCCCUUUAUGCACCUGAUUCCUCAUUUGAUUUCAGUGCAGUGACUCAUAUCAGUCCAAAGCAAGUAAAGAAAUAUCUGAGAUCUGAUGGGAUCAUCAUUUUUCACUGGUGUAUGCAGCAAUAGCAUCCCUGGGGAAUUUGCCACGUCAAUGGAGGAUAGGGAUUACUGCAUAAUAUCUGGCUCUUUGGGUCAAGUCAUAAAGGAUUUUUAUCUCAGUGAAGUUUAGUUCAUAUCCUUUUUGUAUCAGCCAGAAGACAGUCAUUACAUACACAACCUUCAAAACAAUGAAGAAUUAAAUUCAGUACAAUUUCCUGUCUGUUUUAUUGCAACAGUUUUAAAAUAAAAACCCCCAAAACCUAGUCAUCCAAGAAAGUAGAGAAAAGUUAUUUUUCACUGGGAUUUUUUUGCCAUUUGAAUUGGAUUUACUUUUCUCUUAAGGUGAUUUCCGGCUUUUUGAGACAACUAAACUCUGUAUAAGUACAGAAGAUUCCAAUAUGAGUUUAUUUACAGCUUAGAUGGCUGUUAUUUUUACAUAUAUGACCCUAAAUAAUAUAUCUAUAUUCUUCUUUUGGUAUUUGAUGCAAAAUAUCAGAUGCACUAGAGCCAAAUAUAUGAACACCAAAAGAAUAAGAAAAAAUGCAGACUUGGCCACACUUGGAUGAUGUAAAAUCUGAGUUGGUUUUUGUCACACCAAAAGUGUGAAUGCUUUCAGAACUUGUGAAAAUUUGUAUAAAUGAACUAAAAGCUCUCUUUUGUACUUGUAUAUCCAAUUUUCCUCUGCAGGUCAUUCUCUCACCUCAAUCAUAACGAUGUAAGAGAUUAACACCUGAAAAACAGACAUUGCAUAAGGCAUGAGCUAGGCUCAAUCCUGCUUCUCUUCAAAUUCCAGGCAUAUUUAUUUUAUACUGAGCUUUCUUCAACUGAAACACUUCUUGUGACCACCACAGAAAAAUCCCCAUGACUGUCCAAUAACCAAAUUGGUUUUGGGUUUGUUUAUUUUUUUUACCUUAAGACAACUUAUUACAAAAUUAGUUUCUGUUAUUCAUCUUAAAAGGUGGCAACUCUUUUUGCAGUCAGUUUUAGAGUUGCAGUACUGCAUUCUUGGUUCUUCCUGGGCCUGGUGCUAUGCCUGUGGAAUCACUGGAAGAAUGUCUUAUAUAUAAAAAAACCACAAUAAAAUACAUUUUUCAGGAAGAGGCUCUUGCUUAGUUUUAUAUUUUGUAUGCUCUUUGCUUGAUAUAUUGCACAGAGAAAAAAUCUGUUCUGCCAAAAUGCACAAAGUGUGAGCAGAAACCAGACCAGAGUAUUUAACCCCAUGUGGGCAGGAAAUACAUGGAAUAAUUCUGUCCUGAAAGGCACAUUUGCAAGUUAAAAUGCUUGAUGCACAUCAGGUGAUACAGAGAGGGUGAGUUUUUAUUGAUAAAAUACCAUUUUGCAAUCUGUUAGUCAGGAUCUAUCAGCAACAGUAAAGUCCAGUCUCAUUGUUGCCAUGAAUAUGAAAUUCUCAUGUGUAACAAAAUAAUCUGACCUUAACCUCUGGAAUGAAAAAAUUAAUUAAUUUAGGUUUUGUUUUUUUUGUUUUGUUUUUUUUUUUUUUUGUUUUGUUUUGUUUUUUGUUUUUUUUUUUUUUUUGUUUUUUGUUUUUUGUUUUUUUUAGUUUUACAUGUGUUAAAAGCACAAACUGCUGAUCUAUAUGUAAAUAAAUGCUACAAGAUGAAUGUAAAAUGGGAAAUAAUAUACUAUUUUUGCAUGGUAAUAGGUGACUUAAAGACCUCUUGAUGCCUUAGAAGAAAAUUGAAAAAGCAUUUUAUUUUCUUUAGAGACAAUUCUAUUGGCUUGCCUUUUGUAUCUUUAGUUCACUUUGGUAUUCUUGGGGGGGGGGGGGGGGAUCAGAAUUAAUCAUUGUUUCUUCUUGGAACUAAUGUUUUUCAAUAUUUUACACAUUUGGUGGUUUCUAUACCACCUUUGCACCUGUGAAACAAUGAAGCUUUUCAGAGAAAUCUGGAUGCCCAGAAAUGAAAAAGUUUUAGAUCCCUUGAAUUCUUCCAAAGAAAACUGUUUUCUGAGGCAUCUGGAGUCCCUUUAAGCCCUUCAUUUCAGCUUUUUGUUAUGUAUUUUAGCAAAGUAAAAGCAGCCAACAAAUGAGGCAUUUUGGUAAGUGUUGCCUAUUGUAUUUUCAACUGAAAGUGAAGGGGGGUAAAAUUUAACAUAUACAUUUGUGUAAAAAAAAAUAUCCUAACUGUUAUUAAAAAUUUUUCAGUUUUGGUAUAUAUUAGCAUGUAUAUCAAAGAGUCAUCUAUGGACACUUUUGUAAAAAACUAAAUUUUCACCUUUCUCAAAACUGCUCAUAAGAUUUUCUUGUGUACUGACAUACAAUAAAAGCUCUUUUAUAAAAUCUGUUGUUCCUCCAGUACUUUGUCCUCACCAUUGGUAUGAAGUCAUUCAGAAUGUGUGGCUAAACUAAACGUGUUGUAAAAAUAAAAAAUUAUGUAAAAUAAAAUAAUGACCAAAAGCAUAUUGGGACAUGAGAUUGAUUUUAGCAAUCUCCUAUGAAAACUAAUCGUUGCAAAGUUCUCUGAAGAUGCAGCAGUCUUUCUGUAAUGGUUUCGAUUUUAAUUUAAAAUCAAUAAUAAUAUAACCACAUGUAUAUGCUUGUUUAAUAUGAAUUGCAAUUGGGAAUGCAUAGUAUUUUUUCAGAUUGUGUCUAAACCAAUAAAGUUUCAAAGCAUAUGGGCUCUA